AUGUCGCAGCAGCUCAAGACGCAGCUGGAAGCAGCAGGGAUGCAGGAAGACUCGGCGUACUACGUCGGGCGCUACACUGUCCAAGGUCUUCAAUACGGAUGUUUGCUUGCUACGCCGCUGUACCUCCUGCAAGCCGCACGCGGGCGCGGGUUCAGUCUGCGUGGUCUGGCGCGGUACAACUGGAUCGUACCCGUCGCGGGUGCCGGCGCCGGCUCGAUCGGAGGCUAUGCAGCUGCUAGCCAGCUCGACCAUCCUUCGCUGGCUGCGCGCACGUCCGGUCUGCGUCUCGACGCCCAGCGUGUCCGACAGGACGAUCUCCACCUCAUCGGCAGUGUGCUUGGCGCCCUCGUGCUCCCCGCCAUCUUUCUCAGAAGGACAGGCUUGGUCAAUGGUCUCCUCGGAGGCGCAGGUUUGGGUGGUGCAGCAGGCCUCAUUACAAACCAGGUUCAGAAGUUGAGCAAGUCCAGCGAUCCUGUCGGCGAGGUACAGAAGAAAGCGCAAAAUGCAUUCGACGACGCAAAGGACAAGGCCAAGGACGCUAAGGACGAGUUGCAGAACCGUCUUUAG